GCCAAUAAGAUCGACGCUUCCGGAAAAAAACUGCGGAGGGUGAGGUCCCGGGAUGGAGCUGGAGAAUAUUGUGGCAAAUACAGUAUUACUGAAAGCCAGAGAGGGUGGUGGUGGAAGAUGGAAAGGGAAGAGCAAGAAAUGGCGUCAGAUGCUGCAAUUUCCUCACAUCAGCUUGUGUGAAGAGCUGAGACAGACGAUUGAGAAAGACUAUAAGAGUCUUUGUGAUGAACAGCCUAUUGGGAGGCUACUGUUCCGCCAAUUCUGUGAGACCCGGUCAGAGUUAUAUCACUGUGUGCAGUUCCUAGAUGCCAUGGCUGACUAUGAGGUGACUCCAGAUGAAAAGCGAAAGGAGUGUGGUCAGUGCCUUAUGGACAGGUUCCUCAACCCCAAGUCUCCUGAUUAUAUAUCAGAGAUACCCCGUGACAUGAGGAAUCAUUGUUUGCAAGAGCUGCAAAAUGGAGCCUGCAAGGAGCUCUUCAAGGAAUGUCAUAAAUUGAUCCAUGAUUUUCUGAGUGUUGCACCUUUCUCUGAUUAUCAGGACAGUUUGUACUUCAAUCGCUUUCUCCAAUGGAAGUACCUGGAAAGGCAGCCUGUGACCAAGUACAACUUCCGCCAGUAUCGGGUACUGGGAAAGGGAGGCUUUGGGGAGGUCUGUGCCUGUCAGGUUCGAGCCACAGGGAAGAUGUAUGCCUGUAAAAAACUAGAGAAGAAACGAAUCAAAAAGCGAAAAGGAGAGGUCAUGACUUUAAAUGAGAAAGAAAUUUUGGAGAAAGUGAACAGUAGGUUUGUAGUGAGCCUUGCCUAUGCCUAUGAGACAAAGGAUGCUUUGUGUCUGGUCUUAACACUGAUGAACGGAGGAGAUCUCAAGUUUCAUAUCUAUCACAUGGGCGAGGCCGGCUUUCAGGAGCAACGUGCCGUCUUCUAUGUGGCCCAGAUAUGCUGUGGUCUUGAGCAUCUGCAGAGAGAGAGGGUGGUUUAUAGAGACUUGAAGCCGGAAAAUCUGCUCCUGGAUGAUCAUGGUCACAUUCGGAUAUCGGACUUGGGCCUGGCAGUGUAUGUUCCAGAAGGACAGACAGUCAAAGGCAGAGUGGGCACCGUGGGCUAUAUGGCUCCUGAAGUUGUAAAGAAUGAGCGUUAUACGUUCAGCCCUGAUUGGUGGGGUCUGGGUUGCCUCUUCUACGAGAUGAUUGAGGGACAAUCACCAUUUCAACAGCGCAAGAAAAAGAUCAAACGGGAAGAGGUGGAACGGCAGGUCAGAGAGGAGCAGGAGACCUACUCUGACAAGUUCUCAACACAAGCACGUUCACUGUGUCAGCUGUUACUGAGGAAAGCCCCUGAGGAACGGUUGGGCUGCUGUGGAAGGGGUUCAUGUGAGAUUAAGGAGCAUCCUCUAUUUCAAGACAUAAACUUCAAACGGCUUGAGGCAGGAAUGGUACAGCCCCCUUUCAUACCUGAUCCACAAGCAAUCUACUGCAAAGAUGUACUGGACAUUGAGCAGUUCUCUACAGUGAAGGGAGUUGAAUUGGAUCCUGCUGAUAAUGAUUUCUACACCAGGUUUGCCACAGGCUCUGUCUCCAUCCCCUGGCAGAAUGAGAUGAUCGAAACAGAAUGCUUCAGUGAGCUGAAUGUUUUUGGGAGUAAUGGUUCAGUACCCCCAGACCUGGACUGGAGGGGGCAGGCUGAGACCCUGCCCAGGAAGGGAUUACUGCAGAGACUGUUCAGUCGACAAAAAUGAGCUCUCAAUACGGGAUAACUCAAAAAAAACAAGCUGAUUAAACCCACAAUCAAGCCUUUGGUGAAAGACUCAGUAAACCAACAAAGUUAAUCUUCAGGAGCAUUCCACUACUUCCUGCUACAGCUAGCAACACAUUCACUGUCAUUAACCUACAACUGUGUUUAUUGCUAUUACUAACUGCUAAUAACAGGAACGAGUUCAUUAUUGUUAGUAUAUACAAGUUGCAAUUUUUACUAAUUAGCUGAAUUAACUAACUAAUGAAAACUUUUCCUGCAGUGAAAUGCCACCUAUCAUUACAGCAAAUUUGUCACUGGCACAAGUUUCACUGUCACUAAAUGUGCCACUUUUAUACUACAACCUGAGAUAGAAUCAGGGUAGAUCAUAACAACCCAUUAAGCCAGUUACUUUUAGUGAGUACUAUCAUGGCUGAUGUUGUGCUUUAUCUCCACUUUCUGAUCUGCCUUGCAGAUCCCCUCAGUUCCUCCAGAGACUAAAGAUCUGUUGAUCCCAGCAUUAAAUAUGUUCAACAAUAUUCAAACGCCAUAACUUUUGGUGCAGAGAAUUCCAAAGAUUCUCAAACCCUUGAAUGAAGAGAUUUUUCCUCAUCUCCGAUGAAAUGAUCACCCUGUUGUCCUGAGAGUGUGCCUCUGUUCUGAAUCCUCGCAAUGAUUACAUUGCUUUAUUAGAAAUUCCCAUGCUUUCUUACUUCAUGCUGUGUCCAAUACAUAGCUUUUGUCAGGAACCUAGAAAAUAUUUGCACAGGUAUUUUCUGACUCUUCCUAUUAUGAAUUUCCAUCCAUAUUGACUGUGUAACAGAUGCGCUUGAGGCUACUUCCUUCUUUAGGAAUGUCCUUACUCACCUUUACAACCAGAGCUACCUUCUUUACCAUUCUGUCUGUCUGACAUAAUGUACAUCCUGGAGUAAUUGUUUCCCACCCUUCAUAAUCCUGUAACCAUGUUUCUGCGAUGUUAAUUAGAUCUAAAUCUUUGACCUCAAAUUAUCCUCCUGGAGAUGCUCUGUUCAUUGAGAUAAAGAAAAUCUCUUUUUUUUAAAAAACUUCUGUUCCUGCAGUGAUCUUACUACACAAUUACUAUUAAACACUCUGAUCCUCCUUAUUCUAGUUCGCAUUUAUUCUCAUUGCUGCACUCUGCCUUGACGUUUCAAGAUUUCUGAAUCCUUCUAAUAGUUGAAAGCCCUGCCUGAAGCCCUAGUUAGCACUGUAGCCAGCAAGAGUGUCUGUCCUCAUUCUCUUGCAGUGUUGAUGGCUGAAUCAGAUUCCUGUCACGACUGGCAUGUCCAACCUCCUAAGUCUACACUGCUUCCCUCAAAUGCUAACCUGUGUAACAUGAGAGUCCAAGUGUCACUAAGCUGCACUAUUCAUGGUGGUAGAUAAACCACUAGAACGAGCGCAAGGUGGAUUGUUGCAAACCUGUGCUGCUUACCACUGUAACUGGUGUGAACGCUUCCCACAGUACUACUGCUUACUGCUGUAACUAACCAGUGUAAUUAGUGAAUGCUGUAACAUCAUGAAUUUCAUGAAUUUCCCAUUUUUAGAGGCUUGCAGCAGUGAGCCAGAAUUCUACUCCUGAGAUAAUGUGGCCUAUUGGCUAACCAACACCAGGGAACCUGAGGUAACCAGAGCCAGUUCACUGGCAACUGAGGGUCCAAUGGGGGAAGAGGGUUUCUGUUCAGUGAGGGAGUGACUCAAGGUGACAGUGUAGGUGUCUGGUUAGUAACUAAUUGAAAGUUAAGUAUCGAGUCAGUGAAGGUUAUAUCUGAUUAGAACAUAGAAAAACACAGCGCAGAACAAGCCCUUCAGCCCUCGAUGUUGAGCCGACCUGUGAGCUCAUCUAAGCCCAUGCCCCUACACUAUCCCAUCAUCAUCCAUGUGCUUAUCCAAGGACUGUUUAAAUGCCCCUAAUGUGGCUGAGUUAACAACAUUGGCCGGCAGGGCGUUUCAUGCCCUUACAACUCUCUGACUAAAGAACCUACCUCUGACAUCUGUCUUCUAUCCAUCACCUCUCAAUUUGUAGCUAUGCCCCCUCGUACAAGCUGACGUCAUCGUCCUUGGAAAAAGACUCUCACUGCCCACCCUGUGUAAUCCUCUGAUCAUCUUGUAUGUCUCUUAUUAAAUCCCCUCUUAGCCUUCUUCUCUCCAAUGAGAACAGACCCAAGUCCCUCAGCCUUUCUUCAUAAGGCCUUCUCUCCAGACCAGGCAACAUCCUGGUAAAUCUCUUCUGGACCUUUUCCAAUGCUUCCACUUACUUCCUGUAAUGGGGUAACCAGAAAUGGACUCAGUAUUCCAGGUGAGGCCGCACUAGCGUUUUGUACAGUUGCAGCAUGACAUUACGGCUCUGGAACUCAAUUCCUCUACCAAUAAAACCUAACACACUGUAAGCCUUCUUAACAGCACUAUCAACCUGGGUGGCAACUUUCAGGGAUCUAUGUACAUGGACACCAAGAUCUCUCUGCACAUCCACACUACCAAGAAUCUUGCCAUUGACCCAGUAUCCUGCCUUCCCAUUAUUCCUACCAAAGUGAAUCACCUCACAUUUAUCCAUUUGCCACCUUUCAGCCCAAUUCUGCAGUUUAUCCAAGUCUCCCUGCAACCUGCAACAUUCUUCCACACUGUCCACCACUCCACCGACUUUAGUGUCAUCUGCAAACUUACUAACCCGUCCACCUAUGCCUGCAUCCAAGUCAUUUAUGAAAAUGGCAAAAACAGCACUGGUCCCAAAACAGAUCCUUGAGGCGCACCAGUAGUAACCAGACUCCAGGCUGAAUAUUUUCCAUCAACCACUACUCGUUGCCUUCUUACAUCCACAUCCCUGGAACUUUGUGGAGGCCUAUAAAAAAACUCCCAGCAGUGUGACCUCUCCUGUCCUGUUUCUGACCUCGGCCCAUGCCACCUCAGUGGACGAGUCCUCAUCAGAAGUUCUUUCAGCCAUUGUUAUACUGUCCUUGACUAACAAAGCCACACCUCCCCCUCUUUUACCACCUUCCCUGAUCUUAAUGAAAGAUCUAAACCCUGGAACCUGCAACAUCCAUUCCUGACCCUGCUCUAUCCAUGUCUCCGAAAUGGCCACAACAUCAAAGUCCCAGGUGCCUAUCCAUGCUGCAAGCUCGCCUACCUUAUUCUAGAUACAUCCUGAAUGGUGAGAAGUGACUGGAGGAGGGGUGUAUCUGGUCAGGUGAGGGGAUGACAGGGUAGGUAUCAGUGAGGCAAUGAUGGGGUAAGUAUCUGGUUAAUGAGGCGACAGGGAGGAGGGUUAUCUGGUCAGUGAGGGGCUGAUGGGGCAUGAGAUAUUGGCCAGUAACUGGGUAAUGGGAUAGGUACCUGGUUAAUGAGAGGGUGACAAGAUGCUGUGUUAGUCAAUGGCUUAGAGUCUUACUGUUAACAGCCAGAAUGAGUGGCCUCCACUCUGUCCAGGAAUGGAUCACGUUGAGGAUGACCAUUGUAUCUUUCUGACAAUGAUAACCUGGAGAGAGCAAGAGAGUCUGCUGUUGUGUUUCAGUUUCUGACUGUAUUGUGCUUUUUGUGGUUCACAGCAAUGGUUGUCCUGUUGUCCUGUCUGUGCUCAGCCUGUGUUUGUCUCUCCUAUUGGAUCCAGCUCCUUGUCUAAGGCCUCGCUUUGCUUUGCUUUGCUUCCACCUGCCUGUGCUCCUUUUCAGGUUGACUGUGGAAAUUGCCAGAAGACAGAAAAAGAUCAUCAAUCAUUCAACCCAGAUCCACAUCUGAAACCCUUCGAUGGACCAUUCCUCACUGAGCCAAAGGACACAAGCUGUUCGCAA